UGUUAAUUGUAAAGAAAAGUAAACCAUUUUGUUGUUUAAAUUUGGUUCUUUGCAACUCAUUCCAGGUUCUGCCCCACAGAACCCACAGAAGGAGGUUACACGAGCAGAAGAUGAAAUGCAGGGCCAGGAUUUGCUGGGCAGGACCAAAAGGAAGAGGGGCGUGGUGAAUUGGGAGAAGAGCCCCCCCCCCCCCAAGUUCACUCCCCCUCCUUGUGCCAGAAAGUGCCUCUUUGUGCAGAUCAAAGAAGCUCCCAAAGAAAGAAGAGCCAGGGAAUUAAGCCCCCAAUAUGGAAGGGACGUUCUGUCUCCUUUAUACCGGGGAGGGCAGGAGAUUUGGAGGGAUCUCAUUCAAUUACUCUGAUUCUUGGCAGCCAAGCCCCAGCAAGCCAUUCUUUCCUUCCACAUCAGGGUCCCAAACUAUGCACCCCCCUUUUUUGCUCUUUGGGAAAUGCAUUAGGGAGAGUUCUCCCACCCCCACCCCCACCCCCUUCUCCUUCUCCUUCUCCCUCUUCUCCUUCUCCUUCUUCUUCUUCUUCUUCUUCUUCUUCUUCUUCUUCUUCUUCUUCUUCUACCUUUUGAAGCCCCGUCCUCUAAGCUGGAGGCUACUUUUCUACUCUCCUCAGUGUGGGCGAAGGGUGUCCCCUCCAGACUACCCAAGAUGAUGAACCAGAGUUGCAGGAUCUCUUCUGGGUCAGCAGUGCUGGGUGCCGGAUGAAAGAAAUAAGUGAAGGCUCCUAUCUGGCAUCCCUAGGGAAACAUCAGUCUCUGACCUUAUUCGUUGAAACAAAUACAGUGGGGACAACCUAUUUCCUUGCAGUGCUAGCUUUCUAUGUGUAGAGAGUUUUCCCUGAUGCAAGAUAACUUCAUUAGUUGCCAAGUUCAGAGCUGGAAUCUCCCACCUGCCCCCUUGAACAGACAGUCCAGUUUUAGCUCUUAAUUUGUGGCUAUGAACAUGAUAUGUAAUUUGAUAAUGAAACUGGAGUGAUCCGAUGAAAAAAUAGAGAGGAUCCUUGAGCAUCCAUGAUUUGUAACUCUGUUUUUGCAUCAUGGUGGUGCCACAAAGCAGUGAAUGCCUGAUUUUUACAUUACAGUGUUUAGCUGUAAACACGACCUGUGAAUUUACAGUGAGCUGUUAACUAUUAUGCUUUGGAAUUAGCCUUGUACACCAUUGCAGCCCCAUAAGGCAGUGGAUACAUAAUUCAUGUAGAUCCCACUUUUACCCAGUCCUCUUUUGAACCCAACUUCAACUGAGGUGCAGUAUUUUUAUCAUCUUUAUACUUUUAUAAUCAAUUCCUCUCUUUGGGGCUCCCAAACAGGAUGGGGGGGGGGAGGCUUCCUAGGUAUGCAAAAGAGUUUUGGAAUUAAAAGAAAAGCAUCUUCCAACCGCCCUACUAGUGAGGCCUGAGCAUACUUCUCAGGAGCUGAGGAAGAUGGAUAUCUGUGGAACGUUAUUUAAAGGGGGAGAGAAAGGAGGAGGGGGCACCUCCUGACCCUUAACCUGAAAUCCAGGAUAUUAUGAGCUAUUCAGGACUAUUCCCCUUUUUCUCCAAAUGAGCUUGGCUGAUGGAUUUUUUAGGAUCUAUGCUGAAAAAGACAGACUUCCCCAUCCCAGCGCACACAGCAAGGAUGUUUUGUGCUAAAAGGGGAAGGGGUCCUUUCUGUCCUUGUGUCACCCUAAAUCCAUGGGAGGGGAGCUAAAGAACUCCACGGGGAACUCCAUAGAAUGGGGGGAAAGGGCACAACCUUCACUGAGUGAUUGGGGGCAUGAAGCUGCAGACAGUUUACUUAGAAAGAAUCCAACUUUUUACUUACCCUUAGACAUAAUUCACUAAGGGUGGGAAUGUUGUGAUGACGCAUUUCCAACCAAUUGGCCAUGGUUACAGCCAUGGAAGUGAGGCCUGCAUGGCGAUUGCUUGGAAGUGCAUCCCUCUCAGCCCUUUGCCCGCUUUCCCCCCACAGAUGCAGAGGCAAGCCAGGCUCAGAGGGGCAGCAGUGAUAGGCUGCCCUUUCUGCUGGGCCUGGUGAUGCAGCAACCACUUGCUACCCAUUGUCCCACCAGGCCCAGGACUGGCUUCCCCAUUUCUCCACUUGCCCUAUCCUUGCCCCACAUACCAGCCCUCCCAAGCUCCCUUCAACCCUCCCCCCCACCUUAGAGCCUUUAGAAAGUCCUUCAACCUCUAGAGCCCAUUUUAUUGGUUCAUAAAAUGGGCUUUACUGCUAGUUUAUUUGUAUUUGUUUAUUUGAUUUGAUUUCUAGUAUAAAACUACACAAUAAUAUUCUGAGUAUGAGAAUUCUUUUGCUGAUUACUGGAAGGGGGGAUUGUGUUAAUGUUAUUAGUUGACUAUUAGUCUGUAUUGUGAUUGUGGUGGUGAUGUGAUAAGUCUAUAUUGUGGUUGUGAUUUUCAGCGGAUGUUAUCUGAAUGUCCCAGAGUGGUUGGAGGGCCUGAAACUGCUGGUUGUUUACCUCAGAAGGACUCUGAUCUUUUUAUAAAGCUGCACAUUAAUAUUCAAGGUCUACAAGAAACUCCUGAAGAGAAAGAACAGACACACCAAAGCAGAGAAAGUUGCAAGUCCAUUCAUAUUUACAGGACUGGCUAGACAGAAGUAAGAAAACAGGCCCAGACCGGUGACCCAACAGAAGGGGAAGGAGAUGAAAAAGCAGAACCCAGAAGGACCUGGACCUGGCAAGACAGAAAGGAAAGGCUCCCAUCCCAUCCAAGCUGGGAAUGCUGUUGAGUUCUCAGAGAGAGCUGUGCCACAGAUGUGGGAUCAGGAGCCCCUGAACUCAGAAGUACUUUGCCAACACUUUCAGAAGUUCCGCUACUGUGAUGCCAGUGGGCCCCGGGAGGUUUGCACCCAGCUCCAUGGACUUUGCAACCACUGGCUGAAGCCAGAGAGGCACUCCAAGAAGCAGAUCCUGGACCUGGUGAUCCUGGAGCAAUUCCUGACCAUUCUGCCCCAGGAAAUGCAGUGCUGGGUCAUAGGAUGUGGACCGGAGACCAGUUCCCAAGCGGUGGCCCUGGCUGAAGGUUUCCUCCUGAGUGAGGCCGAAGAUAAGAGGCAGGCAGAACAGGAUCCAUUCCUUGGUAUCUUCCAUUUCAUCUCUUACCUGCCUCCCUGGCUGUUCUUUCAGAGGUGGGGUCCAUCCAUGAAGAUGGAAACUGAGUUCUCUCAGACGGAAGGAGGUCCAUUGGAGGAAGGGGAGCUGGCCCAGGACCAUAUGCAAGGUGCCCUCUCACGUGGCAGUGAAGAGGCAGUGGUGAUCCGUUCUCUUUGCAGAAGUGUGGAAACAGCUGCUGCACUUCCAGUCCAAGUAGGGGAGAUAAGCAGAGGACAGCCUGAGUCCCCCCUCCUUUCUCAGUCUCUGGUAUCCUUUGGGGAGGUGGCCGUGUAUUUCACAGAGGCAGAGUGGGAAUUGCUGGAUCCAGACCAACAAGCUCUGUACAGGGAUGUCAUGCUGGAAAACUAUAGGAGCAUGGACUCUCUGGCAGGAAAUGUAGAGGAGACAGUUGGGGGAUUUCAGGGAUUUUCUUUGGAAAAAGCCAAGGAUGAAGGAAAUUUCGGGGAUGGAGAUGGGCCAGAGAGAAAGGAGAGAAGCCACGCAGAUAAGAGGAGCGAUAAAUCCAUUCCAUCUCAAGGAGGAAGCUUCAGUGAAAUCCGAGUCCAAGAAGUAAGACCAACCAAAAGACAAAGGAACCAAGCCCCUUGUGCUAAGCAAAGAAUUCACUCUAGCGAAAACGAUAAUGAAAGGGUGGCAUUUGGAAGGACUUUUAGUAAAAACAUCACUGUUAUUUCCGAGAAGCGAAUUCCCUCAGGAGAGAUACCACAUGAUUCAAUGAACUGCAGAAAGACCUUCAAUUGGAAAUCGGCCCUUUCUUUCCAUCAAAGAAUUCAUUCAGCAGGGGAUGAGCAGUUAAAUGAGAGAGAUGAGGAACUGCAUCAGCUGUUACCAGAUAAAGUGAAGAAUGAAGAUUGGAAUGGAAAUUUCAGAAAUCAAGUCAGACCUAAGAGGCAGAAAGGAAGUCACAUAGCCGAGAAGAGGGAUAAACCCAUUCCUGGCCAUGGGUGGGAUGGCCGUGAAGUGAUUGAAAUGGUCGAGGAAGUGUAUAAGUGCUUAGAGUGUGGAAUAAACUUCUCAGAUCAAAGCCAAUAUAGGAACCAUUUGCAAAUGCACACUGGAAAGAAUACCCAUCAAUGCUUGGAGUGUGACGAGACUUUCCUUUGCACAGUAGAGCUCCUUAGGCAUCAAAUAAUACACAGAGAGAAACCUUAUAACUGCUCAGACUGUGGCAACAGCUUCUCACAAAAAUCAGGUCUUUUUCAACACCAAAAGACUCAUUCAGGAGAAAUGCCACUAAUCUGCUUAGAGGGCGGAAUGAACUUUUCUGGCAGAAGAAAGGGUAAUGUACAUAUUCCAAAGCACAGUACAAUGAGAACACAUAAAUGCUUUCGGUGCGGAAAGUUCUUCAGCUGCAGAUCAAAGCUCCUUGUGCACCAAAGAACCCACACAGGAGAGAAACCUUUUGAAUGCUCAGAGUGUGGAAAGAGUUUCAGUCAGAGUGUCCAUCUUCAACAGCAUCAGAGAACUCACACAAAGGAGAGACCUUUUGAAUGCUCAGAGUGUGGAAAGAGAUUCAGUUGGAAUAGUGCUCUUCAACAGCAUCAAAGAACACACACGAAGGAGAGACCUUUUGAAUGCCCAGAGUGUAGAAAGAGAUUUAGUUAUACUAGCACUCUUCAACAGCAUCAAAGAACUCACACAAAGGAGAGACCUUUUGAAUGCUCAGAGUGUGGAGAGAGAUUCAGUCGGAGUAGCACUCUUCAACAGCAUCAAAUAACUCACACAAAGGAGAGACCUUUUGAAUGCCCAGAGUGUAGAAAGAGAUUUAGUCGGAGUAGCACUCUUCAACAGCAUCAAAGAACUCACACGAAGGAGAGACCUUUUGAAUGUUCAGUAUGUGGAAAGCGAUUCAGUCAUAGUAGCACUCUUCAACAGCAUCGAAGGACUCACACAAAGGAGAGACCUUUUCAGUGCUCAGUGUGUGGAAAGAGAUUCAGUCGUAGUAGCAAUCUUCUGAAGCAUCUAAGAACUCACACAAAGGAAAGGCCUUUUAAAUGCUCAGUGUGUGAAAAGAGAUUCAGUGAGAGUGGCAAUCUUCAACAGCAUCAAAGAACUCACACAAAGGAGAAACCUUUUGUAUGCUCAGUGUGUGGAAAGAGAUUUAGUCAUAGUAGCAGUCUCCUAAAACAUCAAAAAACUCACACAAAGGAGAGACCUUUUGAAUGCUCUGUGUGUGGAAAGAAAUUCAGUCAGAGUGGACAUCUUCAACAGCAUCAAAGAACUCAUACAAAGGAGAGACCUUUUGAAUGCUCAUCAUGUGACAAGGCAUUCAGUUGGAGCGGCAGUCUUCAAAAGCAUCAGAACACCCACACAGGGGAGAAACUUUUGGAAUGCUCAGGCAAACCAAAUCAACUCAGGCGCACUCAAUUGACAGAGGCACACCCAGUCACUCAGACUUUGAAAACGUUCCCACUUGGGAAAGUCGGGUGUCAUUUCCUGCCCGCGGAGACGGACCCAGAGAGGUUCCAGGAAGCUCUGUGGGAGACCCCACCCACUGGCGGCACUCUUGAUGAGCUGGUAGAGGACCGGGAUACCAGGCUUUCUGAAGCCACUGAGACUGUCGCACCAAAGCACCCUCUCUGCUCCCGCACCAGACCAGCUUCUUGCUUUCUAGCUCAUUUCAAGAUGCUGACAAUUACCCACAGGGACUUUCAGUCCCCCAAUACGAUCUGCUGCAUCAGGUUUGCUUACCUGAGCAAAGCUAAUGAAGCUGGCUGGAAGGUCUUGGCAUCCCUCAGAAGGGAAGGGAGAGCGGUGAGGCUUCCAACAGAGUCAGAAAUGGAUGUGGGUCUGGUGUCCUUUGAAGAGGUGACUGUAUAUUUCUCUGAGGGGGAGUGGACCCUGCUGAGCCCAGCCCAGAAAGCUCUGUACAAGGAAGUGAUGUUGGAGAAUUUUAGGAACGUGGCCUCUCUGGCAAACCCAAAUCCCGUUUUGCAAAGGGAGCGUGUAGUGGGCUAUGUUUUUAUUAUUCAGGCUGGUCGGGGGAUAGUUUGGGAGAUGCUCCCUCCCCUCCGCCCCACGGAAAGGAAAGCCACAGAGCAUGGAAUAGAGAGGCCUCCAGGGAAGGGGGCGGGGAGCCCAUUUCCUUUCAAUUCGGUCUCCCGAGAUGGAGAAGGCGCCUUUGUAGCCCCGCCAGCCAGUCCUUCCGGAGGCCAAGUGAGUAAAGGCUUCUUUUCAUCAUUGGAGGUCACCCAAUUUAAAAAGGAGAUGGAAGGGCAACACCAAGAAGGACCAGGACCUGGCAAGAGAGCGAGGAAAGCCCCCCAUCUCAUCCAAGCCAAGAGUAGUGUUGAAUUCUGGGAGAGAGCUGUGCCGGAGAUCUGCGAUCAGGGGCUCCUGAGCUCAGAAGUACUUUGCCAACACUUUCAACAGUCCAGCUACUGUGAUGCUGAUGGGCCCCGAGAGGUUUGCAGCCGGCUCCAUGGACUUUGUAACCACUGGCUGAAGCCAGAGAGCUACUCCAAGAAGCAGAUCCUGGACCUGGUGAUCCUGGAGCAGUUCCUGACCCUCCUGCCCCAAGAAAUGCAGGGCUGGGUCAGAGAAUGCAGGCCAGAGACCAGUUCCCAGGCAGUGGCCCUGGCCGAAGGCUUCCUACUGAGUCAAGAAGAGGAGGAGAGGCAGGCAGAGCGGAGGUGGGGUCCAUCCCUGAAGAUGGAAGCUGAGUUCCCUCAGGUGGAAGGAGGUGCCGUUGAGGAAGGAGAGCCAGCCUGGGCCCAGGAUAAUACCCAAGAUGCCCUCUCACAUGGCAGUGAAAACAGAGUGUUGAUCCAUUCUCUUUGCGGAGGUGUGAAAACAGCUGCUGGAUCUCCAGUCCAGUCUCUGUUUUCCUUUGGGGAGGUGGCCGUGUAUUUUACAGAGGCCGAGUGGGCACUGCUGGAUCCAGGCCAAAGAGCUCUCUACGAGGACGUCAUGCUGGAGAACUACAGGAGUGUGACCUCUCUGGCUCCACGUGUAGAGGAGAUGAUUGAGGGAUUAUGGGAGUUCUCUGGGGAGACAUCCAAGGAUGAAGAUUCCAAAGGAAAGUUCACAGAUGGAGGCAAGCCACAGAGGCGGGAGGGAAGCCAUGCAAACAAGAGAAGAGAUAACCACUUUAUGUCCCAAGGAGGAGACUUCUCUGAAAUGCCAGUCCAAGAAGAAAUGUCAACCAAAACAAGAAAGAACAAAGGCCUCUGUGCUAACCUGAGUCCUUUUGAAAGCGAUGAAUUUGGAACGAGAUUCAGUCAGAGUUUCAAUCUUCAUGAGCAUCGAAGAACUCACACAAAGGAAAGACAUUUUGAAUGUUUCGAGUGUGGAAAGAGAUUCAGUCAGAGUUUCAAUCUUCAUGAGCAUCAAAGAACUCACACAAAGGAAAGACUUUUUGAAUGUUUCGAGUGUAGAAAGAGAUUCAGUCACAGAGGCAAUCUCAAAAGGCAUCAGAGAAUUCACACAAAGGAAAGACCAUUUGAAUGUUUUGAGUGUGGAAAGAGAUUCAAUCACAGUAGCACUCUUCAAACACAUCAAAGAACACACACAAAGGAAAGACCUUUUGAAUGCUAUGAGUGUGGAAAGAAAUUCAGUUGUAAUAGCCAUCUUCAGUCACAUCAAAGAACUCACACAGAGGAAAGACCUUUUGAAUGCUUAGAGUGUGGAAAGAGAUUCAGUUGUAAUAGCCACCUUCAAUCACAUCAAAGUACUCACACAGAGGAAAGACCUUUUGAAUGCUCAGAGUGUGGAAAGAGAUUCAGUCAGAGUUGCAAUCUUCAUGGGCAUCAAAGAACUCACACAAAGGAAAGACCUUUUGAAUGUUUCGAGUGUGGAAAGAGAUUCAGUCACAGAGGCAAUCUUAAAAGGCAUCAGAGAAUUCACACAAAGGAAAGACCAUUUGAAUGUUUUGAGUGUGGAAAGAGAUUUCGUUGGAGUAGCACUCUUCAAGCACAUCAAAGAACACACACAAAGGAAAGACCUUUUGAAUGCUUUGAGUGUGGAAAGAGAUUCAGUUGUAAUAGCCAUCUUCAAACACAUCAAAGAACUCACACAAAGGAAAGACCUUUUGAAUGCUUAGAGUGUGGAAAGAGAUUCAGUCGUAAUAGCCAUCUUCAAUCACAUCAAAGUAUUCACACAAAGGAAAUACCAUUUGAAUGCUUAGAGUGUGGAAAGAGAUUCAAUCACAGAAGUAAUCUUAAAAGGCAUCAGAGAAUUCACACAAAGGAAAGACCAUUUGAAUGUUUUGAGUGUGGAAAGAGAUUCAGUCAGAAUUUCAAUCUUCAAAAGCAUCAAAGAAUUCACACAAAGGAAAGACCUUUCAAAUUCUGAUAGUUCGGAAAGAGAUUUAGUUGAAGUAGCAAUUUUCAAUCAUAUCAAAGUACUUACACAAGGGAGAGACCUUUUGAAUACUCAGAUUGUGGAGUAGCAAUGUUCAAAGGCACCAAAGAACUC